AUGUCAAUCGAAGAAAUCCCUCAAGGUGCUGACGUCAACGUCAUUCCAAAAAAUGAAAAGAAAGCAAGAGAUUUGAUUAAGAAAUUGAACUUGAAACAGAUCAAAGGUAUUACCAGAGUUACUUUUAAACAAAGAGGUAACUUGAUCUAUGCAAUUGACCGCCCAGAUGUGUACAGAUCUGCUGCUGGAACCUAUGUUGUGUUUGGUGAUGCCAAGGUUGAUGACAUGAACCAGAGAAUUGCAGAGGCUCAAGCUCAACAACAACAACAAGAAGCAUUAGCAGGAGCCGCUUCAAAUGCUGAAGACAAGUCCCCAGAAUCUAUUACUGCUGACUUACAAAAUGCUACGUUAGACUCUAAAAUCGAAGAAGAAGACGACGAUGAUGAAGAGAUUGACGAGACUGGAUUAGACUCGAAGGACAUCGACAUUAUUGUCGAGCAAACUCAAGUUUCCAGAAAUAAAGCUGUUAAAGCUUUGAAAAAACAUGACGGAGAUAUGGUUAAUGCUAUCAUGGAAUUAUCUUAG